GAGUUAUCAGCGGGUCGGCCCCAACCCGUUGGGAGGGACUGGACUCGCGGAAAAGUCCUAUUUUGCCAUGCCUACCUGAAAGAAACCGUCGAUUUCCCGCGAAUGCUGCUUCUUUUUAUUUAUUUAUUUAUUUUUUUAUUUUGGCAUAUAAAUUGAUUUAUUUCUUCCUUUUCUUCUCCACAACUCUCCCUCUCAAUUUCCAACUGAGUUGCUUAGCUAGUCAGAGCAAAAAGAAAACCAUGUUUUCCGUCCGAGUCCACUCGGUUGAUGCCGGCCACCCUCUUUCCUUUGAGGAUUUGGAGUUUUCACAAGUUUAUACAUCUCCUCAUACUACUAAUACUAUCAACACCAAGAAAUCUCAAUCGAAUCCCAAUACUGCUCUUUCCAAGUAUAGCGAAAGGAGAGGUGUAACGCAUCUGUUUCGGAGUAUAGCUCAUUCUUCGUUACCAAACCCUAGCUCCAAGUCCACUACCAUCUUCGUCAUUGCCGUCCCCAAUUACUUCUCCUUUGAAGAUUUCAUCCGAUUUUGUGGCUCUCGAAUCGAUCAUAUCACUGAGCUUGUCUUCAUAAGAAACGAUGGGAUGGAUGAUCGAUACAGCGUUAUAAUUAGGCUUAUGAAUCAGGUGACGUCUGAUGGAUUUUAUUGCAGUCUCAAUGGGAAGAAAUUCUCACCCGGAGAGGCUGAGGUUUGUCACAUUCUGUUUCUGCAUUCGGUGGAUUACACAGAAUCAGCUGAGAUAGCUGGGACACCACCAGAUGGGUCCGCUGAGUUACCAACAUGCCCUGUUUGCCUUGAGAGAUUGGAUUCAGACACUAGUGGAAUACUGAGUACCCUUUGUGAUCAUUCUUUCCAAUGCCAUUGCACUUCAAAGUGGACUGACUUAUCUUGCCCGGUUUGCCAAUACUGUCAGCAGCAGGAUAAUGGACCAACUUGCUCUGUUUGUGGGACAUCAGAGAAUCUGUGGGUUUGUGUGAUAUGUGGUUUCGUCGGAUGUGGAAGGUACAAGGAAGGACAUGCAAUCAGGCAUUGGAAGGAUACAGAGCACUGCUAUUCUCUUGACUUAACAACACAACAAAUCUGGGAUUAUGUUGGUGAUAUUUAUGUUCACCGACUUAACCAAUCAAAAACUGAUGGCAAGUUUGGUGAAAUGAACUCUCGCUGCUUGUCAUCUGAAGGAGAUUGUGGCAGCUGCACAUGUAGCGAGGACUCUGGCUUUAGUGGAGCACUCUAUAGCAGCAAAGUGGAUGUAAUUGUGGAUGAAUAUAACCAUCUCCUUGCUAAUCAGCUUGAGAAUCAAAGACAACAUUAUGAAUCUCUACUAACAGAAGCCAAAAGUAAACUGGACAAUACAAUUUAUGAAGCAGUAGACAGGGCAGUGACUUCCAAAAUGCAGGACAUCCUAAAUCAAAUGGAAAAGUGCACAGAGGAAAAAAAUACUGUUGCAGAUGCUCUUAUUCUGUUAUACUGGCUUUAUCUUUUGUUUGUUUUGUCUCCUAAGAUUAAUCGAAAUCUUAUCAAAGACCAAGAAGUUUUGCGCAAGAAGCUCAAGGAUUUGGAAGAAAGGGAAGCUGCCGAACUAGAGUUGAGGGAUGAAAAGAUACAUGAUAUGGAAGAACAGAUUAGGGACCUCAGUGUCUAUCUUGAAGCCCAGAAAGCGCUCAAGAGCAUGAAGGAUACAGAUGGCAUCAAAGGAGGAACUGUAUUGCCAGUACCUUCGAAGCAGCCUUCCUCAUCUAAUACCAGGAAGCAAAUGAAGUCUGGCCGCAAACGGAACUAGAAAAGACUUAAUAUAACAACAUUUGACCGUGGAUAGACUGAAUGGUCCUGACUACCGUUAUAAACAUAACUUUAUAACUUAAUCAGAACUUGUGUUGAUAAAUAAAUCUGAUAUUUCACAGCUUAAUACUAGGCUGCCAUUUUCUUUCAUUCUUUCUGUCUUUCUUCAUAUGUGUUAGGUCAUUUUCUAGCAAUUUAGUUGUCUCACAUAUUAUUAAAUUUAUUUGUGAUUUAAA